AUGAGCAGGUCCGUGCUCUGGCCCUACCAGUCAGCAACCCACAGAGGGGAGCUCUCCCCCAAGGGCACUGGGGGCCCUGCAGCCCAGGAGAUGCCCGUGGUUGGGUCCCUAGGGGAGGGGGACCUGAUGGAGACCCCACCCUCCAGCCAUGGGGCUGAGAACCACCACCUGGCAUCGCUGCAGGCCUCCGGGCGGCGUGACAGAAGUCGUGCCAGCGACGAGGUCAGCCGGCCGUCAACUGGCUCGCCCGGCAGGUCCCCUGGCUGCAGGAAGCGGCCGGGGCUGGGCCUGGCUGUCUACAGGAGUGGGACGGAAGGAUUCCUUUACGUCGGACCUGACCAACGAAUCCUCUUUCCCAGGAGCAAGCACCUUCUGCUGGAGCGGCUGCCGGAGCCACACAGCCAACGCUUCCGUCCUCCAGGACCCUAUAAUCCCAGCACAUUCCCCUUCACUGCACACCGCCCCUGGACCGCGCGCCUCACCUGUCAUCCUUUCCUGUCACCUCCACCCCCGCGGGCGGUGACUCAGCCUGCUAAUCCCCAGCUCUGCCUCCGGAGCGCACGUGGCUCCCUGCCUGCUGGAAUCUGCGCCGAGUCCUCUGAUGCUGGUUCCCGCAGCCAGGGGGGCUCUGGGCAGAGAAACCCUGCCACAUGGGCCGGCUGGCUUCGUGUGUGGGUCUUGAUUCAGGCUCCCUUGGGUGGCCAGCCCUGGAGGCCCGCCCUGGAGGCCGUGCAAGCGGAGACCCUGUCCGUCAUUGUCACCCUUCUCAUCGAGGCUGGGCGCCAGGCACCCCUAAGCUGGAGUACAUCCUCCCACCCCCUCGCUCCCUUCCCACACCUCCCUCCAGUCUCCCCAGAGGCAACCUCUAUCCUGAAGCUGAUGCUUCGGAUUUCCAUCCAUCUGGAGAAGCUGCCAGCCCUGGAGAAGCUGCUGGCCCUGGAGAAGCUUCAGGCCCUGGAGAAGCUGCAGGCCCUGGAGAAGCUGCUGGCCCUGGAGAAGUUGUAG